AUGCGGACCAAGCUGCGCUCUCCUCCUCACUCUGCCUUUCGCGGCGUCUCUCCCUACGCUACCUUCACCCACGCAAAGCGCGAAGAAGUAGACGAAAAAGUAAGAGACAAGGAAGACAUGGAAGUGCAGGGGAAAGAGAGGAAGAACGAUGCGAUGUUUGGCGACGGCGAAAGCGAGCGCGGACGCGACAGGGAGGAAAGGGAAGCGCCGACACGAGCGAGACAACAAGAACCGUUGGCGUGGGAAGACGACGCCUCAGAGAGAGACGCCUUUUGUCUUCAUCUUCUUCCCAGUAGCGCCCUUUCUCUUCUUCUCCGUUUUCUUCAUCUCGAGGACGUCUGUCGCCUCGCACUGAGCUCGAAGCAGCUGUACCUACACCCGGACGUCAACACGUCGUUUGCAGUCGCGCACUUGGAGCUGGUUCUUCACCAGACAGCUCAGCUUCGUCCGCCUCCAGGGUGUACUUCUCUCGCGUCGAACGCUCGCGCGGAAAGGCCCUCUGUCCCCACUGAAGCGUCUCUGCAUCGCCACCCGCCCGCCCUGUCAAGUCAGCAGUUCCGCGCGUUACCGUCUUUUCCACUUUGUCAGCAACCCUGCGUUUCUCUUUCGCCCGCCAGACAGUCGCCUCACGCUUCGGCGGCUCCUGUCGCUUCUUUCGCUUUGCCGUCUCGCGUCUCCCAGCAGCCCGCACAAAGUCCAGCAUACGGCCAACUCCGACUGUGUGUGCCUGGAGCUUCGAGAGGCCCAGCCCGCGGGGCUGUGGUAGGGGGAAACAGAGAUCGGAAAACGGGGGCGAAUUGGAGCGACACAAUCCUGGUAGAGAGAGCCCCACGCGAAAAGCGAGAAGAUGCAGGUCAGGCGGACAGAACCGCGACGGCGGAGACACGAAAAAGACAAACUUUUCGAGAAGCUGGCACUCGUGUCGGGGAGCGAGGGGGGCUGCCUGCCUACGCCUUUUUGUCCCUUCAGGGCGAAGCAAAGGACCCUGAUUCCUUCUCACACACAUUUCCUUUCUCCUCGCGAUCGCGUCAUUUCUUUCCACCUUUGCAUGGACGCUCGCUCCUCAGAUCCACAGGUCUUUCGCCUACGCAUGCGGGCGGCGGAACCCCCGCGUCAUCCUCAGGAGACGGGUGGUCCCCAGCGCGUCGCUCCGGUGUCUGUACAGCCGAGACGCCAGGCCAGAGCGCGAGAAGGGGUCCGCCAGAGAGGGAGAAGGCGGAUGCCUUCCCGCCCAGUGAUGGUUUCACGAGAGAGAGUGCAAACACGCAGAGUGGGAGUGGCGCGACUGCGUGUUCCCUCGAGAUUCGCCAGGUGCAGAGAUUGCUGGCGCUCUCUCCUCGCGGAAGAACCUUCAGGAGCUGUCCCCUCACGCUUGUUCAAGAGGCCCUCGCGGCAGCAGGCAGGCGUCUCGUCUUGGACCGAAGUGCGGCCGAAAGACCCACAGAACCUCCAGGUACCUCUCGUGACCCGCGCAGUUGUACUUCCUCCGCGGUCUCUUCUUCGGCAACGUCACCCUCCACGUCGUCUCCACACUCUGAUCCCGCGUCGCCUUCCCCUGGCUUCUCUUCCUUCUCGGCUUCUUGUUCUCGCGCCGGCUGUCUCGUUCUGCCUUCGCUGCCCUCUCCGUUGCUGCGCCUCAACAGUCGGCGGGCGGCUGGGCUAGCGGCGUGCCCAGGACACCGGAGCGCAGAGAAACCCAGGAGUUCUCGAGAGAGGCGCACCCCCGACCAAGAAGAGCGCGGAGCAGUGCGGAGGCGGGCGCUUAAAGUGGAUGGGCCCGAAUCGGCAGCGGAAGGCUGUGCGAGGGAAGACAUCGGCGAGGCGCCUCGCGCCGGAGCAGAGAGAAGAAAGAGCGGACAGCGACAGACUGAAACAGACACGGAAAGCCGACUGAGAGAGCGGGACGAAAUCGCCGACGGGAGGGACCGCCGACAAACUGGAUUAGGAGAGACUGGUAGGGGCGUUUCCGACUCGUUGAGUCGAACCGCGUCUUCGUUCGGCGCGCUGGAUGUCUCUUCGUUUUCGUGUUCCUCUUCGUCAGAAGUUUAUCAAUCAAGCCACCAUCACUCCGCGCUGAGGCGUCGGCACCGACCUGGCCUUUGUGGCCUUCCUCGCUAUCUUUUUCCUCUCCCUCUCGCGCUCCGCAGGGCAGCUCUGCCUUCCGCGUCGGGGAGCGCCUUCCCUCCCUUCUCGUCUCUCCGCGCCUCUCCGCCUUCGUCCUCUGAGGGCCUCUCGACUGAAACUCCCGUCGCUCACUCUCUGCAUCGGCUCCUCGCAAAUCUUCACCAUUUAGAAUCUCUCGUUGUCGAAUCUGCCGCAGCUGCUCUUCCCGUGCCUUCUGUGCUUUCUCCAUCUUCUACUCCGUCGUCUCCCCUUUCUACCGUUUCUGCCUCUGCUUGUGUUUCUCCUGCGCCUUCUGCCGCAUCGUCUUUGUCUGUUGAGGCGACGCCGGCUGGCAGGAGCGACGCCGAAACGCGUGCAGCGCGAUUUCCGCUGUCGUGGAAACAGCUUUUGGAGUUGCUUCGGAGGAACGCCGAUUCUCUGCAGAAAUUGCACGUCGAACUGGACCAUCUCGACCCAGGGCCCGCGGGAACGGGAUUCGGCGAGUGCAUGCCAGUCGAGGGACUCGAGACGGAGAGAAGAGUCAAAGAGGAAGAGGGAAACGAGUCCGCGAGGUCGGCAGACAGGCGACGGGGAGACGGGCAUUUGCAGCCUUCGCAGAAGGACAGGAGACUUCCGCGGAAUUCGAAUUCCCCAAUUGUGGACGACUGCGGCUCUGCAUCUGCUUCAGUUUCGGCCAUGUCAUCUCUUGCGUCGCCACCCGCCUCGCGCGCGUCCUCGCGCCUCGUUUUCCCGCGACUUCGCCAGCUGACUUUGGGCCGGAACCCCGAGGUGUACAGACACCUCGUGGAGAGGUGCAUGUUUCCUUCCGCGCGCAGCUGCUGCUUUCUGUUGGAAAUCGACGACCAGGCCGAGGGCGUCGCCUCUGGCCUUGCCGCAGCCGCCGCGUUUUCCUCCGAGUCGAGUCGCGAGGAGAGACAAAGAGACGCUUUUUUCGUGCACAGGCCGUGGAGGGGAAGGGACCGAGAGCCAGAAGAAUCGCAGGGCGAGGAAGACUGCGCGGAUGGCCAUCGUCGCGCAGAGACGCUUUUCCUUCAGCAACUCUCUUCGCGAGUCUGGAGACGAAUCGAAAAGCUGCAACUGAUCAAAUUGACGCCGCAACUCCUGGAACUCCUCGAUGCCAAGACCGAGGCCGGUCUCGCCUCGCUCAAGUUUGAAAUCGCGCACUUGGACGUGAGCGAUCCUGGAACCAGUCGCAGUGCUGCCGCCGCGUCUUCCGCCCUGCUGUCGUCGCUUUCCUGUCUCUCUCUGGGGGCCUUCGCCGCGUUCCUCAACCGCCAUCCGCGGGUGUACAUACACUUCAACCGCUUCACCGUCUUUGUGCGCACGAGGCACGUCCCUCAGCUCCAGCUUCUCGCGAAGGUUCUGGGCCAGGUUGAAGUUUCCCAGAACUUGAGGUGA